UUAGAAACUGGUGUGGUAACACUUUGAGUGGACUUCAUUUUUCUUUGCUGAUAUUUUCCUUUUUUGUUGGACCUAUACCUGAGUGAGGAAGACAGAAAGAAGACUGGUUUUCCUUACUCUGCUUCAGGUAAAUGAAAUCUCUCAGGAUCAACCUGUUUUGUUGUUACUGGCUUGUCAGGAAUGCUGUAUAAGUAAAGUUCAAGUUGUUCAAGCAGCUAGCACACCCAUAUAACAGUGAAAACAUGUUGCUGAGUGAAGCUGUAUUAAGGCACACAACAUAAUGGUCAGAAAGUAUCAGAAGAAUAACUUGCCUUUGGCACAAAUUUGCUGACUGAAAUUCAGUACGCUGAUGAUGAAUUUUCUCGCUUGAAUUUUUAUAUUUCCUGUUGUAAAACUCAACUGGUUUUUCUUUGCAUCUCUUUAAGAUUGCUCCUGGUUGAAUAUAAACUAGCUUUAUUACUUUAUGUCUUGAGUAAUAUGACUGGGCUAUGCAUUGAACAAAAUUUUGGUUUCUCAUUCCAGAUUAUUGGACCCUGAACCAGCCUGUACAAUGCAGGUUUGUCCGUUGGUUAUCAAUAUGAGUCACAGAUUGGAAAUCCUAAGACACCUUUUGGUUUCCUUUUCACACCAGAGAUAAUUUCUUCCUUGAGGAGGACAGGUGGAAAAAUCUCCCAACUUUUGAACAAGCCAUCCCUCUGCAAUUAUGGGUGAAUGGGGCUUCCUCGGUGGGCUCUUUGACAGCCUCCAGGCCCACUCCCCCAUGCUUGGCCGUUUCUGGCUCUUGCUCAUGCUUGUCUUUCGGAUCCUGAUCCUGGGGACUGUUGCCAGCGACCUAUUUGAGGACGAGCAAGAAGAGUUUGCCUGCAACACCCUUCAACCAGGCUGCAAACAGGUAUGCUACGACAUGGCCUUCCCAAUCUCCCAGUACCGAUUCUGGGUGUUUCAUAUCGUCCUCAUUGCUACACCGUCUCUAGUUUUUCUCAUGUAUGCCAUGCAUCACAACAACAAAAAGAGCAACCACUCUAAAUUCAGCCAGAACAGCAGCCAUGCUUCCAGAGAAGAUCUUCCUUUCAGGAGGUUUUACAUCGUCAACGUUGCCUUCAGGAUGCUGGCAGAGAUUGGGUUUCUUGUGGGGCAGUGGUAUCUGUAUGGAUUCAAGGUGGAAGCCCAGUUCCCCUGCAACCGCUUUCCCUGCCCCUACACAGUGGACUGCUUCACCUCCCGCCCUGCAGAGAAAACCGUCUUCCUCUGCUUUUACUUCAUCAUAGGAGUGAUCGCAGCCAUUUCCAGCGGCGCAGAGCUCCUCUACAGCUCCAUGAAGUGGUUCUGCACCAAAGAGCCUCCCCAUGAUCCAGAGCGCUACUGCAUUUGCGAGAACCGCUACAACUUUAAGGCAGUUGAAGAAGAGAUGGACGAAAAACCACCCACAAAGGCAAUAUCAGGGAGUUUGCCUAGCAGUGGUAGGCUGAAAGGAGGGUCUAUGAGGAGCAGCACCAGCAGGAAGGUCUCCAGCUUUGGACGCAAGUCUCGAGGCAAAUUUGUGAGCACCAAGACUCUCAUGGUGUGAGAGGUGCUGCAUUCACACAUGCUGCUACUGACUUCUGUUAAGGACUCCUGUACCACUAACUGCUGUGUUUCACUGAAAUUAGAGUAUUCUUGUAAAGUAAAGGGGGAGAUGAUAGACAAGAUCAAGAACUUUCAAACAGCAGAUCUGUUAUUGAACACGAUCACCGCGGGAAGGAAAACUUUGCCUAGUGUUUGACAGAGAGAAAUGUUUACACUCUUAAGAAAAAGUGAAUAAAUCCACCUAAAUAUAGUAUUUUAGGAGCAUUAUUUGGUCCUACUGUUUCUGGACAAAGUCAAUAGCUUUAAAUGUUUUAAAAAGCUCUGUAACUGAAAAAUUAGUCGUGCUAAAGCCUUCUGUGAUGUUAUGAAACCAAUGUCAGGGGACAAUCAGCACUGGUCAGCACACAAAAAAAGAAGAGACAGAGAUCCUUUAAAAAAAAAGUCUGUACAGCUUUUAGCUAACACACUCCUAUCAGCACAGUCAAACAAGUUAAAUUUUGUUGUAGAAAAAAAGACAUUUUAUUUUUUCAACCGAGAAUGAGCCUUUUUAUGAACUUUUACCCCUAUGCCGUUUUGCACUACCACAUUUCUACAGUGGCACCGAAAGGACAAACUAGUGACAUAAAUGUUUUCAUAUUCGGUGAGAUGCUGCCCAAAAUGCAUUGUAAUGGCAAAGUAAAAGUCUGGAAAAUUGAGGAUUCAACUGAUUAUGUAUCACAGGAGCUUCUUGUCCUUGAGGGCCACCGUUGCUUUAUCCAAAGGAGGUUUGAGCAAGAGAGUUUUCCCAAAGUAUCACAAAAUAUGUUUAUUUAUACACACUGUUUCCUUUCAAUUCAGCAUGAAUCUGCUUAAAUCAUACAUACAGAAGCUGGGACUAAUAUUAUUAUUUCUGUCAUUUUUUUUUUUAAAUCAAGAGUGAAGUUCUUGAUAUUACAAAAUGUCAGAAAAAGGUGGGACGUACCAGUCAUUAAUAAACAAAAGACAAGAGGGCUUUGUCACACAAGAAAUAUGUUCAAGUCACUGUCACAUGGCAGAAAAGAAUCCCAGGGCUGGAAGUCAUCCAUCAGUGUUGUAAUGCUGUGGCCCUCUUUCAUCAGUCGCUCUUUAUAAAAAGUUCAUUUAUUGUAACUAAAUCCUCAAUUAAUGACAUUAAGUUCUGGGGAAAGGCUGAUAAACAUAUGGAGCAAAUUCCAUUUACAAACAGCUGAUUUCUGAUCAGUGUAUUUACUGUAUUAUUGGCACACAGAUAGACUUAACAGUGGGGAAAUGUUUUUUUCCUUAGUGUUGCAACCCAAAAGUUAAUCCUAUCAAUGGCUUAUCACUGAUCCUUCAAAUCUUGGUAAAUGAUUAGCCACUUAACCAUAAAGUUAUUAGUUGUAACCUAGAAACCUGUUUUUAAAGGAUGCUGCAUUAGGGAGUUGUACCACAAGCUCCGAGUCAAACAACAUUACACGAGUCAUAUUACUUAUUUAUGAUUAUGCCGUUAGAUCUUUUCAUUUUAACAGCACUUAUUACAUUAUAAACAUGAUCAUUUAUGUGAACCUUUUUGAGUGUGGUCACGUGACAGAAACUGUUCCUCACAGCUGUUCACUAUCUUGCAGCUGGACUGGUUGCUCUGGUU